AUGAUGAUGAUUUUCAGUAAUGGAGGCCUCAAAGUUUUGCAGGAGGUAAAGCCCUACUUAUACAUGGUUCUGCAACAGUUUUUCAUUGCCGUCAUGUAUGUACUAGCGGAGGCAACCCUCAAGGAUGGGAUGAACCAAUAUGUGCUUGUUGUAUAUCGUAACAUCAUUGUACCCAUCUCCUUGUUUGAUAGCUAUAUUUGUCAGUGCAGGAAACAGAUACCAAGAAUUACAACGGUCAUCGUACUUAAGAUAAUUGCGUUAGCUUUCCUGGAUCCAGUGCUUCAACAAAAUUUCUUUUACAUGGGAGCCAAAUUGACCUCAGCAAGCUUUGCUGCUGCGCUUGAAAAUAUAAUUCCUGCCAUUACUUACAUUAUGGCCCUUGUUCUCAGGUAUUUGCAAGGAGUUGUGAUGAAUGAGAAAGGUCCAGUUUUUGUCGGUGCUUUCAUCCCUCUUUGCUUCUUCUUUACCAUGGCCUUGGGCUCCUUCUUUCUGUCCGAGAAAAUAUCAUUGGGAAUGGCUAUUGGGUCAAUUAUAAUGGUGGCAGGCCUCUAUGCUCUUCUAUGGGGCAAUAGCAAGGAUCAACUAUCUCAGCAAAAUGUAAGAGAUCCAGGGGAGCAAGAGCUAUCCUUCUCUACAGCUACAUUGGUUGGUAAUUCCCACCAACCCACACGGCAAUCUAAUAUACUUGACAAGUCAAUGUCAGUAUAG